AUGGUCACCACUCGAUCAAACAGAAGGCCAACAAGUCAACCAGCCCAACACGAAAGAGGAACCACAUCUGCUCGUGGGAGGGGAAGGAGAGGAAGGGGGGGAGCUCAACCAGUCCGUUCAACACGUAAUCAGAAUUCCAACCAGCAAUCAACUGGCAAUCACAAUGAAAGAUCAGAUGACGAAUCUCCACCCGAUGACAAUGAAUCCGAAGAUCGCGAGGCAGAAAUAGGAUUCACCUUAGAGAAUUUCGAAAGUCACCUGGAUUCCUGGACGUUACCUUUGCUCCGACAGGUACUGAACAAGCGAAAAAAGAACUCAAACCGUAUUCCACCAGAAGUUCAGGAAGCUCUCAACUUCCACAAGACCAACUAUGUCAAGAUCAAGCUUAUGCUUGCGAUACUUGGCAGAGUAUCUGAGAAAACUAUCAACGGCUGGCUUGGGGAAGACAGGCCAACGCGAAAGAAAAGCAGCUAUAGUCGAUUUCUGGCCUUUAGCAUGAAAAGUGGCGAGACACCAGUUCCUCCCAAGGGUUGCUCAGUAGGAUGGGAUGAAAGGAACAAAACACUCGGAGAUGCAUGGAAAUUAAUUACGCAAGACGAACAAAACGUGUUUGAAGAGAGAAUAUUCGCACACUUUUCGAAACUACCAAUUGGUUGCACAAUUGAUGACGAUUUGGAUGAGAUCGAUGAAAGUGGACAACCAACACCAAAGAAGUCCCUCAGUAGUGAAGAAGAGGCACUUUACGAGCCCCUCUAUGAAAACCUUGUCAACCAUGAGAAAGUGAGGCUUGUCUCUGGUCAAGGUAUCGACAAAAGUGGGAAUACUCCUCCUCAAGCCCUUGAUCAGGUAAUACGACUCAACUCCGAGUUGUUUACUGUUGCAAACGUUUACAACUUGACCUUUUACAUGUUAGCUGCAACACGCAGCCCAGGUCCCGGCAGUUUUUGCAAAGAGUUGAGUAACGAUGCUCACUGGCUCUCUGUAGCAAAGAAGCAAUGGGCUGCAAAAGAAACCUUCGAGGCAUACAGCCAUGGAAGGGCCAUUCAAGAGAUUGUUCAAGAAUGCUCCGAUACAAACCAACCACCACUCAAGAAAAAAAAGCAUAGUGAUACUGUUCGAACUACUCUACGAGCCGAACUGAAUGAAAUGCUUGCUAUAGCUCUUGGACGACGUAAAGCAAAGUUCCCCAAAAAAAGGGACCCAUCAGCACUCAUCAAGUCCAACUUCACUGGUCUUAAAAUUUUGCAGUCCGAAGGAUCCAAGCUAAAGGCUGAAACUCUGGUGAUUGGACUGGAAUGUAUGUUCACUGAAGACCGGGAAUUGUGGCUGGAUGAUGUUAGAAGUGGCCACUUCAAGAUAGUUAAAGAUACUGAAUCUGAAUCCUCUUAG